AUGGCAUCCACCGCGAAGCACACGAACGGCUCGCUGCAGCUCGAGAAAGCCGCACGCAAGGAGAAAGGCAUGCUCGCCUUCUUCAAGCGGCAGUUCGUGACCCCCGUACCCAUCCCGACCUCCAUCAUCAACCUCUCCGGCAAGACAGCAAUUGUCACCGGUGCCAACGCGGGUCUGGGCUUCGAGAGCAGCCGGCAGCUCCUCGGCCUCCAGCUCUCGCGGCUCGUCCUAGCCGUGCGAUCCCAAGCCCGCGGCGAUGCUGCGGCCGCCAAACUCCGCGAGGAGUUCCCCGAGGCCCAAGUGGAGGUAUGGAUUCUGGACAUGGAGUCGUACACCUCCGUCCAGGGGUUUGCCGACAAGUGCAAGGCCGAAGUCCAGCAGCAAAAGCGGACCAUCGACCUUGUCCUACUCAACGCGGGCAUCCAGCGGACACAGUACGAGACCGUCCCGGAGACGAAGCAUGAGCGGGUGCUGCAGGUCAACUACCUGUCCACCAUGCUCCUAACGAUCCUCCUGCUGCCCAUCAUGAAGCAAGGCCACCGGCAGGCACGCCAGUCUGGUGCUGUCGCGGCUGCGGCCCCGCCCGUGCUGAGCGUCGUGACUUCGGACACAUCCUAUUUCGCGCCGGUGGACGUCAACGCGCCGUCCAUGCUGGGCCUGCUGGACAAUCAGCCCACCCCCAAAAAAGCAUACAGCUCGUUCGAGCACUACUCGCAGUCGAAGCUCUUCCAGCUCUCAUUCGUCCCAAAGCUCGCUGAGCACGUCGACCCCGAGGAUGUCGUGCUCAACCUGGUCAAUCCCGGGCUGUGCCGGGACACGGCCUUCAACGAGGGCGCCAUGUCUGGCAUCACGGAGAAGCUGUACCACAUGUUUAUGGCCGUGGUGAGCCGGACCAUCGACGUCGGCGCAUCGACGUAUGUUGAUGCUGUGGCCGUCAAGAGCAAGGAGAGUCAUGGAGCGCUCGUCAGUGAUUGGACGAUCAAACCUUUCCCGCCUGUCCUCUACGGUGACUCGGGAAAGGAGAUCCAAGAAAAGUUGUGGGAUGAAACGAUGGCCGAGCUAGAGUUCGCCGGUGUGCGCGAGAUUGUGAAAACCUUAAGGGAAUAG